AUGGAGGGUUCCCGGUGCAGCCGCGUGAACGGGAGGGGUUGGAGAUGCUGCCAGCAGACGCUCGUGGGCUACUCGCUGUGCGAGCACCACCUUGGCAAGGGGAGGCUCCGGAGCGUGAGCAGCGUCCGGUGCAACGGGCGGGCGAGGAAGAAGGAGGAAGACGACGACGGCGGCGAAGCGGCGCUGCCGCGGCAACAGCCGCAAGACGAGAAGGAAGUGAAGCCCGGCGGGAGGAGGAGGAAGAAGAUCGGGAUGGUGAAGGCUCGUUCCAUCAGUAGCUUGCUCCACCAACCUGACCUCCCAACGCCAACAGCAGUGGCGCCGCCGGAGCCAUGUGCAUCUCCAGCUCCGCCUAGUUGCGGAAACGAUAGCACAGUGGCGUGA